CAGGGCGGGGUUAAACUGGAUUUUUCUCACUGGUUGCACUUCGCGGAGGGUAGAUAUGUUUUCAGCCUGGCCGUCUGACCCUUUGUGAGGGCUAAAGUGCAUAUUUUCUUGUUUUUGAUAGCGUUCGUGUCUCUUGGCCCAGCGUCAAAAAUGAUGCGUUUCCUGCUGCUCUUCAGUCGCCAAGGGCGCCUGCGUCUGCAGAAGUGGUACACGGCUAUAUCAGAGCGCGAGAAGAAGAAGAUCAUAAGGGAGAUGACAACCAUGGUCUUAGCAAGGCAACCGCGCACCUGCAACUUCCUUCAGUGGAAAGACCUGAAGAUUGUUUAUAAGAGGUAUGCAAGCUUAUAUUUCUGUUUGGGCGUGGAGCAUGAGGAGAAUGAGCUUUUAGCCCUGGAGAUUAUUCACCGCUAUGUAGAGCUGCUGGACAAAUACUUUGGCAAUGUGUGUGAGUUGGACAUAAUCUUCAACUUUGAGAAAGCCUAUUUUAUCCUGGAUGAGUUUUUAAUGGGAGGAGAGAUCCAGGAAACCUCUAAACAGAUUGUGAAUCGAGCAAUCGAAUCCUCAGACAUGUUACAAGAGGAUGACCACAGUGAGUGGUAUGAGGUGGAGCUGUUUGGAUGACCUUGAAUAUGGACAGACAGACCAUGGAGGAGUAUAUGAGCAAACCUGCGUUUUAACUGUUGGGAAAGGAGGAUGUGAACUUCGUGGAGGACUCCACAACCUGGAUGUACUGUAAAUGGGUCAUGAAGUUUCUAAAAAAUUAGCUUCAUUUAAUCUAUUUUUUCUUUCUUUCUUUUUUUUU